GAACUAGAUGAUGAUGACGAUGUUUGGAUUUGGAUUUCGAGUAUUUUUUUAUGGUCUAUGCAUGCUGAACAAGUUACGAGUACUUCUGUUUCCUUCUCGGAAUUUACAUGCGAUCUGGGUUCUACAUUCUACAGCGUUUACACUAGUCAUCAUCUCUCCUGGGACGGUUCCUCUCUUUCAAGAACUAGGAGGAGCUGUAAGAUAACUUUCGACCCUGUGGAGUCGCUAAGCAAAGUGUGUGUUGAAGUUGAAACUUUUAACAUACAAGAUUGUAGUGUGUAUGUUUAUUACAUCGAGGAGGGCGAAUUGAAAAGGACAUAUGGAUGUGGUCAAACUCCAAAGAAGUUUUGUGGAUCGCAAAAUGCGGAUAUCAGUGUGAAACUAUCCGUUCCUAGGACCUUCAGUAGUACUUCAAACUCAUUUCAAUUGAGAGUCUAUGCAUAUAAAGAACACAAACCCAAGCAGCAAGACUACACGUGGAUUAUAGGACUAAUUUCUGUAGUAUCGGUUACUGCCUUAAUAGCAGCGGCAGUUGUUUUGAUUUGUCGAAGAAAAAGAACUCCAGGAUUAGUGUUUCAGAGGUCGGAAAUUCCACACACACGUUUAGUCGACAAUUCUUCUCCAGAUUUAGGAAAUCCUCCAAUGAGCGUUGACCCCCCGCCUCCCUAUCCUACAAACGAAGUAAUGGCCACAGAAUACACAGUUACCGUUCCUGUUAUUGUCAAUACACGAUAGAGGUUUUAAAAUAUAUGUGAAGAUUAUAAGUCUUAGGAGCAACUGUUACUGUUUUAUAUGCUUUCUUUUGAACCAUUUAAAAUUUCAGCAUUAUCGUUCAACAUUAAAAUUUACCUUCAUACCCAUGAAACACUUUCCAUAUGCAUUUAUAUGUUGCUUAGAAUAUUUUUAAAUUUAUAAGUAAUUUUUGAAUUGUACAAAGUGGUGUUUGCUCAUCCCCAUGUUUAUACAUUAAAUAAUAUUUUCCUUGUAAA